AUGCAAGCCACCCGGGCGUCGACCACCGUCAGUGUGUUUGCAGACUGCAGCAUCCCGGCCGGGCUCCGGAUAGGACCGGUACCGGGCAUCUUCAAACUUGGGAAAUACGCGUCGGACCGUAAGGAAGUUGGACCCAAGAAAAAGAUCCGCUUGGUACGGGGAGAGUUCAUGGAUGAGUCGGCCUGUCCCGUGCCAGACUGGAUCGGAUUCAUCCGAGCAGCCAGAAACAGUCAGGAACAAAACCUGGAGGCUGUGUCGGACUUACCUGGCGGACAGAUUUUCUACCGCGUGCUGAGAGAAAUCCCUUCAGGAGAGGAGCUCAGUGUCUGGUACUCCAACGCUCUGGCUCAGUGGUACGACAUCCCCACCACGGCCACUCCCACACACGACGAGAAAGGUGAGGAGCGUUACAUCUGCUGGUACUGCUGGAGAAUAUUCAAAUACCCGAACACACUCAAGGCCCACGUCCACUUCCACUGCGCCCUGAGCAAUGGGCGGGGGUUUGUGAACAGCGAGCAAGCCAGAGGCACGGAGACCUUCAGCAGGUCACCAAAGUCAGGAGACAUCCCCAACACUUCCACCUCUCCGAGGAGCGGCCACAGUAUAUCCUCCAUGUCAGAGUCUGGCAGGCGGGGACUGUCCUCCUCGACGUUUUUACACAAAGUGGGACUGUCAAAGAAAAGCAGCUCAGAGGAGCAGGACAGGGCCCUCGACAUGAGCGUUACCUCUGCCAGAAACCAAGGACACAUCCUCGGCCUCGGCGCCACAUCCUCAGUGCUGAGCAGCAUGGGCUUCCACCCGGGUGUGCGCUCAGCCUUCAAACCGACCGGCGUCUCCAAAGUCCCGGGCGCGGACGCCUCCAGAGAGGACGCAAAUGGGAAGCUGAGCGGCCUGGGAUUCAGCAAACUCAUUGGAAACAUGAAACCUAUGCGUAAUGUAGGUGAGACUCUAAAUGGAGCAGGGAACCCCCCUCCCAAGUGCACACCUGCAAUUAUGGACUCCGCAUCUCCAAUGGUGCCAUGCACAAACGCUAUCCGAGGCUUCCCGUUGCUGCCUCACAUAGAGGAGAACUCAGCUUUUAAGCACGUAGAGAGUCGGAUGCACUCCAGCCUGUCCCCGUCCCGUUACCCCCAGAUGCCACCUGGACUCCAAUUUGAGAGGUUCUCUCUCCCUCACUUCGACGGCGUCAAAACAUAUGGUGGAGACUGUAACAUCCCACUCAUGCCCCUCACUGUCUACAACGGGGAGCUCCUGUACAGCUCGCCUUACUAUCCGCUAAAAUUCCACUUCAGCAACCUCCUCAAGUACCCGGAGUCCAUGUCCUACUUUGGCCCGCCCUCACUGAACCAUGACCUGGGCGCCAUCACCAACAUCGACCGGGAGAUCGCCAUGCACACGCAACAGCUGUCCGAAAUCGCCGCGGAGAAGAACCGGACAAGGCUGGACUCGAUGCCCACCGGGAGCGCCAGCAAUGCCGGGUCUGGCAAACCGAAAAAGGGACACCUGUGUCUGUAUUGCGGCAAGCUGUACUCAAGGAAAUACGGCCUGAAAAUCCACAUGAGGACUCACACAGGUUACAAGCCGCUCAAGUGCAAAGUGUGCUUCAGGCCGUUUGGAGACCCCAGCAACCUGAACAAACACAUCCGGCUCCACGCGGAGGGAAACACGCCCUACAGGUGCGACUUUUGUGGCAAGGUGCUGGUGCGGAGGCGGGACCUUGAGAGGCACGUCAAGUCCAGACACCCGGGGCAGACCGUCAAGAAAUUGGAGGACAAACCGGGCGGCGUGUUCGAGGACGCAGAGCAAAAGAGCGACAAUGACAGUGAUGUGGACGUGUGCUUCACCGACGACCAGAGCGACCAAGAGUCGAGCAAAAAUAAUGACUGA